GUUUGUUACGCAGGCGGAAUUGGAAAGAAGGAGGAAACUAUUACCACGUGACGUUCGGGUCAGGUGGUUGAGCCAGCCUCCGCACUCGAGCUGUGAUUGGCUGACUCUAAUAAGAAGACGCCACUAGGGGCGGGGCGAAGAGGGGCGCAAGCUCACUGCGUUUUGAGUCUCGGGACCCCUGUCGGAGAGACUAUGGCGCUCAACAAGAAUCACUCGGAGGGCGGCGGAGUGAUCGUCAAUAACACCGAGAGCAUCCUAAUGUCCUAUGAUCAUGUGGAACUCACAUUCAAUGACAUGAAGAACGUGCCAGAAGCCUUCAAAGGGACCAAGAAAGGCACCGUCUACCUUACCCCUUACCGGGUCAUCUUUUUGUCCAAGGGCAAGGAUGCCAUGCAGUCCUUCAUGAUGCCAUUUUAUCUCAUGAAAGACUGUGAGAUCAAGCAGCCCGUAUUUGGUGCAAACUACAUCAAGGGAACAGUGAAGGCGGAAGCGGGAGGUGGCUGGGAAGGCUCUGCUUCCUACAAGUUGACUUUCACGGCAGGGGGCGCCAUUGAGUUCGGACAGCGGAUGCUCCAGGUGGCAUCUCAAGCCUCCAGAGGUGAAGCCCCGAAUGGAGCCUAUGGCUACUCUUACAUGCCCAGCGGGGCCUAUGUCUAUCCCCCACCAGUCGCCAAUGGGAUGUACCCCUGCCCUCCUGGCUACCCCUAUCCACCACCCCCGCCUGAGUUCUAUCCAGGACCUCCCAUGAUGGACGGGGCCAUGGGAUACGUGCAGCCCCCACCACCGCCCUACCCUGGGCCCAUGGAACCUCCAGUCAGCGGCCCCGAUGUCCCUUCCACUCCUGCAGCCGAAGCCAAGGCCGCAGAAGCAGCCGCCAGCGCCUAUUACAACCCGGGCAAUCCUCACAACGUCUACAUGCCCACGAGCCAGCCGCCGCCACCUCCCUACUACCCACCGGAAGAUAAGAAGACCCAGUAGGCCCUCCUGCCUCCCUGCCUCCCACCCUCAUCUCUCUACCCUACCCCUCCCAUCGAGGCCGAGCUGGGGCUUGGGGAGGGGAGGGGGCGCCUUGUUCUCCCUCCAGGUCUGAUCAUAAACAAUUACCAGGAACUAGCAUUGUGGGACGUUAGGGCCCCCGGCCUCGGGAGAGCUUCCCAUGCCAGCCUGGAGCCCACGACGCUGCCCAGCAUACCUCCCUCACCGUCUGGGGCUCUCCUGGGAGCACGGGGCAUCCCCUGUUCCAGUUUCACUCUCAGCUUCUCCCCUCGAAGGGACUCUCUGGCCAUCUCCUCCACCCCAGUCCAGCUCCCUCAGUCUGGCACCCACUGCUAUACUCAGCCUCAUGAGCCACUUCAGACCAGCCAGGUGUCUUCCCGGGCCCUGCCAGACCCUGCUCACAUUCCCUCUGCUGGUCUGUGCUGGUCUCAGAAGGCCACCGCGCCCGCAUUCCACUCAGCCAGGGUCCAGCUGCAGCCCCCGCCACCCUUCCUUCCCUUCCCUGUCCUGGGUCAUGUUGUUGCCACCCUGUGUGACUUUCGAAGCUGUAAAAUGAGCUUCCAGGGCUUGGGUGGCGUCGGGGCAGAGCCACCGAGGCUGGGAGGAAGCCCUUCUGCCUUUUGCUGGUGUUUCUGGAAUUUGCUUUCCCUCACCUCUCACUUCCCUCUAGAAGGAGCUUCCUGACUGGAACCAGAGAAUGCAUGUCUGUCCACUUGGUGGCUGCUGGGUGGGGCCGGGAACAAGGGCCCCUGACCCUGUGUGCUGGCCGGGACCUGCCACCAGCCCCCGAGCCUGCUUCUUCCCCUUAAGCUUCGUGCCCCUGGAUGCGCUAACAUUCACUCUUGUUUGUUCCUGGACUGGCCAUGAAGUGAGGAGAUAGUUAUUUAAAGAGAAUUCCCUAUUUAUUUGACAAAAAAUCCAGUUAAUAUAUUAAUGUGAAAUAAACCCUGUUUGCACCUUGAUUUGUUUGCUGAAAAUGUGAAAUAGUAAAAGUGAAAUAACUGGA